UUUACCAUCCCCCUUUCUCCCCCUCCCAUCUUUGCUGUUGUGAAACACUCUAAAAUCUUCGCAACUCACCCACACACAGUUGAAGCCAAAAGCUUCACAGAGAUGGACACAAAUGCAGGGAGUGAGCCCAUGCAGGAGAUUGUGGGACCAACCACACAAACUACUGGUGGCAGUAAACCUCUGCAUCGCUUCCUCAAAGGAGAACCAAAAACUGUUGGGAUUGUGCUGUUGUUCCUCGGCCUGUGUCUGUUCAUUUUUGGAAUUCCUCUGAAGAGUGACAUCCUGGAAACUUCAGCAGAAACAUAUAGCCCCUUCUGGCUGGGCAUCUUGUACUUUAUAUGUGGUGUUCUCUACAUACAAUCAGAACGUAACCCAACAAAAAAGAUUGUCACAAUUAGUCUUGCAUUUAGUAUCAUCGCAAUACUGGGGACUAUAAUUGGUGCAAUCAUUUUCAGCAAAACUUUAGUCUCACAUAGUCAUUAUAUGAUGUAUCGAGAUCCUUUCGGCUUCAACGAAACUGAUGUAGUCACGGAACAUUAUAUGCAAAUCUACAGCCUGGAAGCUGUGUUCUUGUUCCACAGCUUGAUAGCAGGAGUGAUCCUCAUCGCCAUGUCUGUGUUUGCCCGUCUAGCACUACGAUCAAGUCACACACAGAUGUUAGUAGUCAUGCGUUACCCACCUUCAUCAGAGUGAGGCCUAUUUAGAGAGAUCUUGGCUGAACGCUGGUUGGUGAAAGAGAGCUCUUAUUAGCAUUCAUUACAACAAGUCACUGUUUAAAAAGGUCAAAAGAACAAAAAGAACAGGCUAUUUGUGACAGGAAAGCCAUUGGCUUAAUGGCUAAAUAACUCAGCUAUUUGGGCCACACUGUAUUAUUGCUUUAAAUAAUGAAUGUGAAAAAAAUGUUGAGAAAUGAAAAAUUAUCUAUGUUCUAGUGUUUAGAAUGGAGCAUAAUCAUUAUUAUAUCUUAUUUUUUUCCCCCUCUUGGCAUAAAAAAAAUGAGAAGGGAAAUAUUUGAUGAUAACCUACACGUAAACACUGUACUAAUUCAUACACAGAACUGUAUAUAGCCAAAUAAUCAUUUUUUAAAGAUUUUGUAUUAAAUAAACAUAACAAAACAAUAUUAUGUUUUUGAUGUAAAAAACCACUGAUUAUAAUAAAUGCUUUUUUGUAUA